AUGUCCGAGAAGAAGCCCAAGACCUCAAAGCGCGCCACCCGGCGGCGGAAGGGCGUCAGCGCUCGCGAACGCAACAUCCGGCGGCUGGAGAGCAACGAGCGAGAGCGACAACGCAUGCACUCUCUGAACGAUGCCUUCCAGGACCUGCGCGAGGUCAUUCCGCACGUCAACCUCGACCGCAAGCUGUCUAAGAUCGAGACCCUGACCCUGGCCAAGAACUACAUCAAGGCGCUGACCAACGUGAUAUGCGAGAUCCGCGGGGAAUCCCCGCCGUACCGGCUGCCAGCCGCUUCAGAAGGACAGGAGGACGGCGGCGAGGGCGUGGUGGUUGGGCGGGCAGCGACGAGAGUGACAAUGACAAUGACAAUGAGAACGAGCACGACGCUAUGA